GCCUUCUCUCAGCGGGUGAUGAUCACAACUCCAUAAUGGAGUGGGAUGCAUCGACCUGGAAGCAAGUCGGUAAUCCCUGGAUGGGCCAUACUUGCAAGGUCAACAACAUUGUCAUUAAUCCUGCUGGCACACUCGUCGCAUCCGCCGCAUUUGCUGACAUGCAAGUCCGCCUCUGGCUGCUCUCAGAUCGACAAACCAUUGCCAUCUUCCAGCACGAAUCAUGCUUUGCGCAAUGUCUCGCGUUUUCCAUGUACGGCAAGCGCAUCAUGAUUCUCAGCAGGAGUUUGAAAUUGGGUCACAGUACGAUGAUAUCAGAGUGGGCUGUACCAAAGGACAUCGAUUUAGAGGCAUGUUUCCAUAUUAAACUCUCAGUAAUACCGCAAUUCGAGCUCGCUCCAUGCCUCAGAUCCUCAGCAUCGGCACGACCGUCCGCAGGGCAUGCACCACAGGAGACUUGUCUACUGCUGAACAGCUACUCACGCAACAAAUAAACGCCGAUCCUGAUGAUGACAUCUCAUAUGCCAACCGCUCAUUUGUUAUGGCACGUAAACACCAAUGGGACCAAGCGCUUCAGGAUGCAAUCAAGUCUCUCUGCAUUCGGCCUUCCUUGACAGGCUAUAUUUCCAAGGGGAUCGCCCUCAGCGGAAAAGGCCAUGUCCAGGAUUCCGUUGAAGCUUUCGACCUCGCAUUCACAUUUGCGAACGAAGAUUCAAGAAUUAUUCAUUUCCUUCACCUAAUUAAGGUUAUGACUGUUUUUAAUGUGGAUGAACAUGAAGAGGCACCUAUCCGCAUCCGAGAGCGAGCUGCUGCUUGUCCGAAUGAUGAUACUCUUGCAUAUAUGGUCGUCGAAGCAUAUCUGUAUGUUCGACUUGGAAACAAGGCCACGGAUGAUGCGCGUUACAACGAAGCCGCCGAUCACUUCACUGCAGCUGUCAACACCAGCGCUUCCUCAUCUAUGACCGCCAUUCACUAUAUAUACGAGGACUUGGUGGUGCUCUUCGGAUGGAACAUGAAGUCCUUGUGGAUGGCUGCAAGCCAGAAACGGUGUCAUGCACUCCUUCUGGCAGGUAGACUCCGAGAAUCCGCCGAAUCACACCGAUACGUGAUGGAUACGAGCGACGAAACUACGAAGAACAGCUGCCUUGAAUGGUCUACUGCUUUCAAGCAAGAAUGCAGGACAAUCUGUGCUACCAACGGGGACGCUGCUCUCGCUGAGAGCGAUUACGACAGGGCUAUUGACCUAUACUCGACUGUGAUCGACAUGGAUCCUACAUCCGAUGCCCUUUUUUCAAAUCGUAGUAAGGCAAAGUUGGGGAAAAUGCUAUGGAAGGAAGCACUUCUCGAUGCGCAAAAGGUCAUCGAACUCAACCCUUCGUCCUAUCUUGGAUACGAUUUGAAGCACGCAGCGCUUCAUGGUGCAAAACGCUACGACGAAGCGAUCCAGGCCUUCCAAACCAUGCUCUCUAAAUUGGGCAAUGCUCAUGACACUCAGACACUCAAGCUGCGCCAGCAGUAUAUCAGACCUUGUGAAGCAGAACGUGCUAUUCGAGAGGUCAUUGACGCUCAAAUCGACACUGCCCCGCUCCGUGUACUUAACACCGCCACUGGGCUCUUAUGCGAUCGAGGGGCGCUGAUAAGCGACUUCACGACGAGCACAGAGUACAAGGAGCUUUGGUCGUCAACAACGACUCAUGCAGACCUCUCAACGAAGCGCAUCGAAGAAGUAGUUGCGACAUACUUCAGUUACGCAAUGCUAUCACAUAGGUGGGGGGGAAAAGAGCCGCUGCUGCAGGACAUACAGCGCAAGGUCGUGUACGACUUGGAACCAGUUGACGGAAUCACGAAGUUGCAGUCAUUCUGUGGAAUUGCUCGUUCUGCGGGGUAUCGCUGGGCGUGGAGCGACACAUGCUGUAUCGACCAGAAUAACAAUGUCGAGCUCCAACGCUCGGUCAACUCCAUGUUUCUCUGGUAUCGCCACUCAUCUCUUACGGUCGUCUACCUGUCGGAUGUUACGCCUUUGUCGCAGUCCGGCGCACUUGCAAACAGUGUUUGGAACACGCGAGGAUGGACCUUUCAAGAAUUCCUCGCUUCUAAAGUCAUUCUCUUUUAUCAGAAAGACUGGAUGUUAUAUCUCGAUGACCGCUCUCAUAAUCACAAGGAAUGUGCUGCGAUCAUGCAGGAGUUGCAGGAUGCAACUGGCAUAGAUCGACAGACUCUCGUCUCCUUCCGCCCAGGGAUGAGUGGCGCCCGAGAUAGACUUCAAUGGGCAUCGACACGCAUUACUACAUUGCCGGAGGAUGUUGCGUACUCCUUGUUUGGCAUCUUCGGCGUCCACCUACCUGUAAUUUAUGGCGAGAAGAAGGAAAAUGCACUUGGGCGUCUCCUACAGGAGAUUGUUGGUCGGUCGGGGGACAUUACUGUCUUGGACUGGGUCGGACAAUCAUCCGAGUUUAAUAGUUGUCUUCCGGCCGACAUUACCUCAUACGCAGCUUCGCCACGUACUAUGCCAUCUUUGUCGGAAGAUGAGAUUCAGACUGCGGUCUCCUCGCUGCGAAAUGCCAUGCCUAUGGAUGCGGCUUCGAAAUUUUAUGACCGGCUUGAACAGCUAAGCCCUCCUCGCUUCACAAACUGCAGACUCCAUCUCCCUUGUAUCACAUUUCACGUCACAGAAGUCAGACGGAGGCGUGGUCCAGCCCAGGGAACUCCUUUCACAUAUGGAGUCAAGGCAAACGGGCUUCGCGACCUGCUGAUCACCACGGAAGAGACACUAGUUCAGUUCUCGCGGGCAAAGCCUACUCGACAGACCUUCCUGCUUGUCCGCCCAUGGAAUCAUUGUCUUCUUGAACUGCCCGACUUCUCAGAGACGGUACCUGCUAUUGGAGAUGAUGCGGAGAGCAUAGGAGAUUGGUCUGAGCCCGAGUCUCCGUUGGACGACUCUGACGAGUCGCCCGACGGUUCGCCUGGAGAAGAGGAGCUGGGUGAUUCGGAUUCUUACUCACGGGCGUUGUGAUUGAUCGUUCGCCUUGGACAGCCUUUCGGCGCAUUUUUGCUAGCACAGCAGCGUGGAAGAGAAUACAAGAGAAUCGCGUCAGAUCAAGAUAUCAUUGCACAAGCCAAAGACGUGGCUUCUGUUCACAGCAUGAUGGAUGUCAGGACCCUAGAGGUUUUGUAGUCGUAUGUUUUUC